AUGGAGGAACCCGAGACAGAGGCCACUCUAGACGAGGCUGAGGUGGAUGAUUUUGAGGAUGAAGACAACGAGCUCGAGCAGGAGGACUUGUAUUCGGAGGACGUCAUUACAAGCGAAAGUUGGACAGACAAGGUUGACUCGACCGAAACAAGGACAGACACUCUGUCUUCCGAGACAGACGAAAAGACACCAGUCCACCAUCUACGAGUCGACCUUUCCGGGCAGGGCCUGAACUGUGUGCCAUCAACAUUGUUCCAACGUGAGUUUAACGUUGACCUGGGCAGAUUAUAA